AUGAGUGUGGACGUGGCAGCAAGCAGGCAGUAUAGUGAAAACACUACAACAACAACAUCAUCCGCAACAACAACGGCAAUAGCUGCAGAUACAGUUGCAACCAAAGCAACGCCAUGGUCGAUAUGCACAGCGCUUCGGUGGCCGAUUGGUUUAUGCGAAAUCGGCGAAUCUGCGACAGCAACAACAACAACAACAAUAAAUUGCAUGGCUACAACGAAAGCUUUGCAGUCAAAGCGAGUUGAUAGCAACACUUGCCGACAGCAACGUGAAGAAGAUGACCACAACAACAACAACAUCAACAGCAGCAUAAACAACAACAAAAACAAAAGCAAAGACAUCAAUAUCCCCUCAGCGCAACGAGUCGCAAGUCAAAAGCGAAGGCAAAUACAGCAACAAAUACAGUUAGGGCAACACUAUAGCAUGCACAUGCAACGCCAAAAACAACAACAACAUUGGCGGCAUUAUCUGCUGCAGCCACAACAACGAUGUGCAUUCGCCAAAGACGAUGAUGGCUGCUGGUCCACCCGCUUUUCCACGACCCUGGCGCAACAACAACAGCGGCAGCAACAACAAUGGCUGCGCUUUUGCCUUUUGCUCGUCAUUUGCCUGUCACUGCCCUCAGCAACGAAUACGAAACCUCAGACCUCAGCCACAGCGCCAACAACAAUUGUCAACGCCCCAACAACAUUGCGAGCUACACUAGCAACAACAACAGGAAUACGAAUAGCAACAGCAAAGCCAACAGCCACAAUCAGCCGAACGACGCAGUCGGCAACUGAGAGUGAUGACAACAUUGUGACCAACGAAACUACCAACUUCACGCACACGCACACGCACAACACCACAAACAACGCUCACGGAAAUGUCAUCAUUCCUUCAACCAAGCUCAGCGUAAAUUCAACGACCGCAUCAAAAGCUCCGGUGCAGACGUUGGCGGCGCUCACGGCGGGAGCGUUGACAGUGUCAACAGCAUUGCCGGUGGCAACGCAAACAUACACAUCCUCAUCGCUGUCAUCAGCAGCAACAACAGCACGGCAAUCACAGGACACAACAACAACAGCGACAACAACAAUGCUUGACUACGCCAUCAAUGCGUUGGCGGAAGCGGAGAGCAGCGGAGGUGACAAGCCCGACGCGCAAACGGCAUGGAAUGCGCACUCCGUCAAUGGAAUGCUGCAUGACACUGCAACAGCAACAGCAACAACAAGCCCAAAUGAAUCACCAACAGCUAAAUAUCACGCCAGCAACAAUAAUAUCAUCCGCAAUGCGCCCAGUGGGAGCAACACUAGGCAUAGCAAGCAGCAAUUUAGUCCCGCAAAUGCUAACACCGACAGCAACAACAACUAUGCAAGCGAAGACGGAGGCUUGAGCAGGAUUCGCCGCCAUCGCGCUACACGCUCCGUGGGUCAUGGCAGCCCUGGCAGUGUGGGCUUAAGCGGCAGCAGUUUCGGAGCUGUGAGUCAAGGUGGUGGCGGUGGUGGUGGCAGCGGGUUGACGGGGAGCGGUAGCAGUACGCACGAUGGCGAAAGUAAUAAUCAUAACAGUAUCGAAUGUCCCAGUUUCGAUGAGAAUUCGGCGUGUCCGUGCUACAAAUUCGAAGACGGCUUAUUUCUCGAGUGUCCCGGCACGACGGCCAUGUCGCUGCGCAGCACAUUGGAACGCAUCUCGUCGCCGAUACAUUCAUUAUCCAUUUAUGAUUUCGAUCGUUCGGUCACGUCGCUCUCGCAGGAUGUCUUUCAACCAGGUGUCAAUAUAAGGCAUUUGCAAUUUUCACACUCACACUUGGAGACGCUAAAGGAUAACAGUUUGCGGCAUGUACGUGCAACAUUGGAGUCGUUGAGCAUUGUUAAUGGAAAAUUAACACAGAUACCAUCGCGAGCACUCAACGGCAUGCAGAAGAUGAGCGCACUUGAUUUCGAUUAUAAUGAGAUUGUGCGUAUCGAAGAUUACAGCUUUUACGGGCUACGUUUGUCGAAGCUCAACAUGAAGGGCAACCAACUGCAGUCAAUACCCGAACACGCUUUCGUAGGACUGGAGGAGUCCAUACAAGAGAUUGACCUAUCCGAGAAUGCGCUGCGUACAUUUCCGUUACUCUCCUUACGGAAACUCGAUUAUCUACGUACUUUGCGACUAUCCAAUAACAAGAUCUCCACAUUUUAUGGUGACAUAACGCUCGCGACGAACAAUGCUUCGGCAGCGGCAACGGUGCUACGGCUGCCAUCUCUGAUAUUUCUGGACUUGAGUUCAAAUCAAUUUACGGAGAUUGUGAAUGAUUGUUUUAGCGCCUUUCCACAGCUGAAAACACUAUCGCUAUACGCGAAUCAAAUAGAGCUCGUACAACCGGACGCAUUCAAGAGUUUGAAAGAGUUAAUGUCGCUCGAUAUGUCACACAAUCGCAUUAUUUCGUUGGAUGCCAAAAUUUUCGAUAAAAAUAAACGCCUGCAGACAGUGGAUCUUAGUCACAAUCAUGUGCACUCAAUUAGUGGUGUCUUCUCGAAUUUACCGCAAUUACGUGAAGUCUUUCUCUCCGAAAACAAUAUACUCGAAUUGCCUGCAGACGCCUUUACGAAUUCGUCCAAUGUGGAUGUCAUCUAUUUGGAAUCAAAUGCCAUUGCGCACGUCGAUCCGAAUGUCUUUAGCACGCUUGUCAAUCUGGAUCAUUUAUAUUUGCGUUCCAACUUCAUACCGUUAGUGCCUGUAACGCUCUUCGAUAAAUGCCAGAAACUCACUUCAUUAUCGCUCGAUAACAAUCAGAUACAGGAUCUCGAGAUCGGCAUGUUUAGGAAGUUGGAAUUCUUACGUGAAGUGCGCUUGCAUAACAAUCGUAUACGACGCAUACGCAAGGGUGUCUUCGAGCCCUUACCGGCAUUACAGGAACUUCAUGUACAAAAGAACAAUAUCGAGGAUAUCGAACCGGGCGCCUUUCAAAGUCUAACCAAUUUGCAGCACAUCAACUUACAGGAUAACCAACUGACUGUGUUGGAAGACAUUUUUCCAAACGACAAGGCCAACUCUUCGCUGCUCUCCAUACAGCUGGAGGAGAAUGAGCUUCACAAGAUACACGUGCGCACAUUUCGGCGGCAAGAGCGCAUACAGAUUAUGUGGCUGCGCGACAAUCAGCUGACCCGUGUAGACAAAAGCAUGUUCGUGGAUCUGCUGAAGCUCGGACGCCUGUACCUUAGCAAUAACCUCAUACGCGACAUUGACAAGGAUACUUUCAGCACGCUGAAACAUUUGAAAUUUCUCGACUUAAGCGGCAAUCGGCUGAAGCAUGUGCGCCGCGAAUACUUUGCACCUCUCGUGAGCUUAGAGGAGCUAAGUCUCGCACAAAACUACAUUGAAGCGCUGGAAAGCUAUUGCUUCAAUAAAUUGAAGAACUUACGCGUACUCGAUCUCUCAAACAAUCCUUUGGUGCAAUUAACCAAGGAUAUUUUCAUGGAAGAAUUACCUUUGACGUUUCUGAAUCUGCGUAACACAUCGCUACGAAAAAUUGAGCUCCAUACUUUCAAGGCGCUUCAGAACCUGAAUGAACUCAUUUUGGAGGAUAAUCAAUUGAACCCCUCCGAUAUACAUAAGCUAGAUGUGCCGAGUUUGCGUAGUCUCUACCUCGCUCAUAACGACUUCAGUCACGAGCGUGUGGGUGGCAUAACGGCCGGCAUGUUCGAUAAGAUGCGUUCGCUACAAUUGCUAACGAUGGCCAACUGCAGUAUCGAUUUAUUGCCAGACGAGAUUUUUACUAAGAAUACCAAUCUCGUUAAACUCGAUCUGUGCGACAACCGCAUCACUGUUAUGAAUCGGAAUAUCUUCAACGGCCUGAACGUGUUUAAAGAGUUGAAGUUGUGUCACAAUCAGCUCUCGGAGUUUCCGCACAUUGCACUAUAUAAUUUGAGCACGCUAGAGACCUUGGAUUUGUCACGCAAUCAGUUGACCUCUAUCGACUUCUUCAAGCUGAGCGGCACGCUGAAUCUGCGUCAGCUCAAUUUGCAUGACAACAAAAUCACUUCGUUGAGCGGUUUCAAUGCGGUUAAUCUGACCCAACUCGAUAAUAUUGAUCUUAGUGGCAAUCUUUUAUUAUCUUUGCCUGCGAAUUUUCUGCGACACUCUAUAAAUUUACAGCGUGUGGACUUGUCGAGUAAUCGCUUUCUGCAGCUGCCCAGUUCAGCGCUAUCGGACAUCUCCAUACCACGCCUCUCUUGGCUCAAUCUCACUGGUAAUCCAAUAAAUAAGAUUUACACAGUUAAAGAGGAGCGUUACCCCUACCUUAAGGAGCUUUAUAUCUGUCAAACCAAUCUGUCCAUAUUGACUUCGAAAGACUUUGAAGCUUUUCAGGCUUUACAACACUUGCAUUUGGUUAAUAAUCGCAUCACACGCAUCUCACCUGGCGCCUUCAAAUCACUCACAAAUCUGCUGACAUUGGACAUCAGCAUAAACGAAUUGGAAAUGCUGCCGAAAGAGCGUCUGCAGGGCUUGACGCUACUGCGCUUUUUGAAUAUUUCACAUAAUAUUCUGAAAGAAUUGGAAGAGUUUAGUAGCGAUUUGGCUCAGUUGCAAACUUUUGAUUUGUCCUACAAUCAAUUGGAUCGCAUAUCGAAGAAGAGCUUCCGAAAUCUGCAUGGCCUCGUGGAACUGUAUCUAAUGGGCAAUCGCAUGACGGUCUUGUCGAAUGACGCUUUUCGUUACUUGCGUAAGCUGCAUGUGCUUGAUCUACGUAAGAACUACUUUGAACUGGUGCCGAUUGAGGCGCUCAAACCUUUGGAGACUAACAUAAAAACAUUGAAAUUGGAAGAAAAUCCACUGCAUUGCAGCUGUGACGCACAAAAGCUAUGGGAAUGGCUGCGCGAUCAUCGAAAAUGGUCGCAAACGAGCGCCGGUGAUGGCAUUAAUUACUUAAGGUGUGAACAUCCAGUGGACUUGAGGGGCAAGGUAUUCGCCAAAAUGGAGCCGCAACAAUUUUGUGAUGCACCGUUGAUACCGAAAAUCGCCAUACAGGAUAUUCAGCCAUAUUCAGUGGUCGUUUCGUGGCUAAGUCGUGAGCAUUUGGGUUUAACUGGCUAUGAAAUUGUAUAUUACGCGACCACAGAUGGCAUUGAUUACGAUGAGAUGCGUGGCAAACGUCUCAACGGCACCGCGAACUCGGCCAAAUUAACAAAGCUGAACGCGAAUACGCGCUACCACAUCUGCGUCAUUGGCACCGGUAAUUGGCUGUCCGAGCCGGCGGCGAAUGCCUUGCAAAGGAUACACUUUAACGACACCGUGCUAAUGUUACGCGACGAUGCGGCCGCAAGUGGCGGCAACUACAACGCAGGCCAACAACAGCAACACUACUAUUACGACCAACAGCAACAGCAACAGCAACAACAACAGCAGCAGCAAUCCGAAUAUUAUCAGCAAUAUUUUCACACGUAUCAACAGCCGCACGACCAGCAGCAAUUAUUUACGCAAGCCGAGCCGCAACAACAACAGGCGCUAAUCGAGAAUACCGUCGUCACGGACAAUGCGCUGCGGGACGUAUUGAAAAAUACACACAUCACCACUUGUACGGACGUGCAAACGCUGGACUCGACACCGAGUCUGGUGACCGACGAGAACGGGCUCUCCAGCAACGGCUUCAUACACUCGAUAUUAACGCGGCGCCUCGGUCUGAUUGUCGGCUGUUGCCUGGGCAUCAUUGUGUUCAUUGUCAUGAUUUCGGUGUUGAGUUAUGUGAAACUGAAGAAGCAACGCAUCGAGAAUGCCAAAAGACAAGCCGCCAUGCCACCCGAAUACAUUUCGUAUCGACACUUCUCCAUACCCAAUGAGGAGCUGGUGCGCGCCUCGGUAGCUGGCGGCGCUACCACGACAAUUUCGAGUGUACCAAGCGGCAUUAGCGCACACAUCAGCGGCACCAGCCUGAGCACCAGCGCCACUGCCACCACGGCUACCACGCCACUGGGGACCAGUACCGGCAAUGGCACUGACAGUAAGGGCGUCGGUGGUGGUGGCGGCGGCACAAUGACAUCCGCUACCAACACGCUAAAGAAGAGCGAAGUCAACGCCAACUUAACGGGCGUGAGUGGUGUUAGCGUCGGUGUGAGUGUCGGUGUGGGGAUGGUUAUUGCCGAAAGCAAUGGCUUGGUGAAUUUGACCUCAACCGCCACAAAAGCAACGAGCAAUGAUGUCAGCGGCACAACGACAUCAGUGGACGCAACAGCGACAGCGAACAACCACAAUCACCAUGCGCAUCAGCAGCAGCAGCAGCAGCACCACCACCAGCAAUUGCGGCUCCAGCAUCAACAACAGCAUCAGCACCAGCUACAGCGCCAGCAACAGCAGGCGGGCAAUCACCAUCAUCAUGUUGUUGGCGGCAAUAGCGGUGUGGGCUACAUGUCGUCGGGCGUUGUUUUGGGCGCGAAUCACUUGAAUGCCUGUUAGUUGCGGCAUAGCGCUUGCCACAACGCCGCAAACGUUGUCGCGAAACUCCCUUUCGGCCAUAAAGUUACGAGUAUUUUUAAGGUCCUCUUAAAACAGACACAAUCGCGUAUACUCGUGCAUACAUACAUACAGACAUAUAUAGUUUGUAGGCGAAGACACCUUAGGCUAAGCAUAACUGUAAAUAUGAUAAUGUAGAAAGAAGUGACUUGUUAAUGAAAAGUAUGCAAAUCGGGGCAACGCUGGCGGUAAAGCAGCUAAGAGCUGGCAAAGCAGGGCAUCCAUCGUAGUAAGUGGAACGGUUAUGGAUGCUGUGGUAUGUCAUGCCAUGCCAUGCGCUGCGUCUCUUUGCCUCCAAGAGUGUAUAAAUAUGUUUCUAAUGACUUUGUUAGUUGUAUUUAGCUUAGCUAUAAUGUGUUAGGCAACCUAAUUUAAGUUUAGAUUUAUGAUAGAUAGGCUCAGAUUGAAACUCUUAUUAUUUGCUGUACUCCGGCUACAGACUUUUAAUCGAACACACUCAUCAAUAAUGCGCACACAAUAAUUGAACACACAUAACUAGCAUUAGAUCGAUGCUAAAUAUGAAUAUAAUAUUAAAACUGAAUUUCGAAAGAAUUACGUUAUAAUCACUUCUGAAGUAAUUAUGUGGCUUAUAUGACAACUUAGUGUAAAAUAAGUAAUAUUUUGGUUAUCUUGUGGUUAUAUGUAUAUUUAGUGUAAACAUAACAUAUCUUGCCUUUAUAUUGCACUGUGCUUUGCGCAUUCAAAAAAGUUAGGUUAUUCCAAAAAAAUAAGUUGAAGGUUAUGUCAAUAACUCAGACAACGAGCACAACCUUAUGAAAACCCGAAUAAUUUGAAAUUUUUUGUAUAAAAUAUGUAUAGCAUGCUAACUUCAAUAGAUAUAACAACAAAUAUCGAGUUUUUGAAAAUUUUAGAACAGUUUUUCAAAUAAUAACUUUUAAUCUAAAAAAUCGAUUUAUUUGUAAUGAAGUAAGAUUCGGCAAAUUUUUUUAUAAAGUGUGUAGAACCUGCUAACUUCACUAGACAUAGCAGCUAUUUUCGAGUUUUUGAAAAUUUGUGGAGAAUUCUUCAAAGAGUAGUUUUUAUAAUAAAAGUUAUUUGAUGCUAGCUCUAUACUUUUUAAUUUAACAUAUUUAGUUAAUAAGAAGUUCUGAUAUUUUCCACUACGUUUGUCAACCUAUUUGGAAAAAGAGCAUCUCAAAUUGACGAUGAAUUUCAUCAAUUUUAAUAUUAUUUGUAUUCAAAUCCGCGUGUUGUUGGAGUUUCAUUUGAAAUUUUUAAUAAUACGCCCACAUAGUAUAUUCACCAAAGCGAGUUGUGGCAUUUUCCAAAUCCGUCAAGUAGUUUUGGAGCCAAUUUGAUUCAAACCAUCAAAUAUUUCCUCUUUUUAUUAUUAACAUAGAUAUUUCAUAGCUUCAACUAAAAUGUAAAACAACGUAUCCUCCAAACAAUCCCAAUUGAGUUUUUUAUUGGUUACAUCUUGUUACAUACAUAUAUGUAUGUAGCAUACAUUUUUAGCUUCGGCUGUCAGAUAUAACCACUAUAUAACCAAUACAUAAUCAUUUUAUAACCAAAACUUAAAUUUUGUUUCAGUAUGAGUGGUUUCUAACUGAUUUUUCAAUAAGAGCGCUACAAAAGUUUUUUUUUUAAUAAAACAAAAACGGUUUGGGAUAUCAAUAAAAUUCUUUAUUCCUGUGAAGGAACAUUCGAGGCGGCCAAUUGACUGGGCCAUUUCGUGAGAUAACACGUUCACCAAACUUGGUUUUCAAUAAAUCGAUUGUGACAUUCGCUGUGUGGCUUGUGGAUCCGUCCUGUUGAAACCAAAUAUUAUUCAAGUCCAUAUCAUCCAAUUCGGGAGCGAGUCGGUUUUGAUCAUCACGGACGCCGCCGGCCCUCAAACCGCACCACACCGCAAUUCUUGUGGAAUGCAAUGGUGAGUCAUGGAGUACGUGUGGAUUGCUGUCUGACCAAUAACGCAUAUUUUGCUUAUUGACGAAACCCUUCAGCCAGAAGUGAACCUAAUCGCUGAAGAUGAUUCUGAUCAUUUUCAAGGACGAAGGCCAAGAUCUUUUCGCAAAAUUCGUCACAACGACAUCACAGAUAUGCACAAUGCUUGUGAACAAUGUGUGCGAGACUGAUUUGGGUCUUCCUCAAAUGAUGCGCUAGCGGCAGCAAUAUUCUCAACACUACGGGCACUUCUUUGUCUCACUGGCACGGGAAAAUUUUAUACUGUGCCUGCGGAUUCAUAUUUUUCCACCAUGUACUAUAACUUUCAAGUUGAUAUACCACAGCGGGAAUCGUGUGAGAUUGUAACGGCGAUGAACUUGCAAGAAUACACACCUUUUCCAAAUUCCAUUAAAACAAAAAAGAGCAGGGGUUCCCUAGCAAAUGUUGAUCAGCAACCGGCACUUGUGGGGGUUUUGGAAGACACAACUUGUCAUAGUUGCAAUGAAGAAGAUAAGGUGGAAACAUCAAACACUUUCUCCUCCACUUUCCAGCUUACGGUUGACUAAGGUUGAAACAUUUUGUUGCCAUACUUUUAACCCUGCGAAUUGUUUGGAAUUGAUAUUAGCGGCCUUAAUAAAUUUUUGACAGGCUCUCGACGUUUUGUCGAUAUGCGACGGUCGUUUUGAUCCAUACCUAGAAGUUCUGGGCAUCAUAACGCCUAUCCGUUCUAUAGCUAUCUAAGUAGGAUUAUUCGUGGCCUAACGAGAAAUCAGCCUGUUUACCUAACCUUAUCUAAGUUAAUGUUCAUCAUUAUUCUACAAUCUACAUUUAUUAAAUCUAAUAUAAAAUUGUAUCUUUUCGGUACACAACAAAGCUUAUAGUUCUGAAGAACAAAACCAUUUCGAAAAUGUUCCUAACAUUUUUUAAAAGCCUUAAGCCGAUUUCUUUCAUAAGCUCACCAAUAAAACUUCAUCCUCAUUGAAAUUUUAUGUUCUUCCAUGGCACUUAAAAACUCAAAUUAUGCAUCAUAGUUUGAUAGCGCUUAUAUAUCAGAAAUGUUCUAUCAAUAUUUUAUUUGAAAGGUUUAGAUAUUCAAACAAAUUCCAAAAAAAUUUCCUAGCUUUGAAGAAAUAGUGUUAAGUUUAUGGUUCCAGAUACUUUAAAAUAAAAUACUUUGAAAUUUUAUACAUACUUGUAUAUCAAGUGUAAUUCUGAUAUCUACGAAAGAGAAAAUGUUUGACCAUUAUACAAAAAAAAUUUAUGAAAUCUUAAUUCCAGAAAGAAAUUUAAUUGAUUUGUUUACAGAUGAUUCCUGUGUAACUUCUUUAACUUCUAUUUUCAAACAACAUAAAUAUUAAAGAAUGGCAUACACUUGAGAACAACUCGAAAAUCUCGUUGGAGGUUAAGUUCUGUCUAGGCGUUCCACAAGUUCAUAAACAUGGUCAUUGCCAAGCGCACCCUGUUGUUCUUGCUUAACAAAAAAUGUUUUUUACAAAAAGUGAAUGUGAAAAAUAUUUUUAUUCCUAAGUCGCUAAGCUUUGAUACUAAUUUUGAAUAAACAUUUUACAUUGCGUUCAAGAAGAUUUUUUAAGGCUAAAAUUGCAGAAAUUAUUGUAAAAAAUAGUGAAAAUGAUUUAAAAUGGGUAAAAACUAGGUUAGUGAAAUCAUCUUGUUAUAAAAUAAAAAAAAUGAAAAACAUUUUUGAAAGUCAUUGUAAAUACCAGUUUCACAAAUACUUUAUACCUAACAACUAAUUAUAAUCGAAAACAAGAGAUAAAAACAUUUAUGAUAUAAAAAAAUAAUUUAAGUUUUUACAGUAAGUGAGCAUAUUAUUGAAAGCUAUUUUAAUUUAUUUAAAUUAGGCAAAAAAACUUGCGAUAAAAAUCUAAUUUUCAAUAAGAAAUUUCACUUUUCAGCAAAACACAUAAACCGCUUGAGAAUUUGAAAACUAUGUUUGAUUUAAUGAAAUUUCAUCAUUUCAGUCAAAACGCUAUGAUAUUUAAGGGCGUCUUUUUGUGGAUCCAUAGGAAUUUAAAACAAUCCUGCAGUGAAGCGUUCAGGCAAUCCCAAAAAUAGUAGUUUUUCAAUAGAAAAUUCCAAACAAAACGGAACAGUCACUAGUCACAGCAAUAUGAAAAAAAGACUCGGUUGGUUACGUUACGUCCAAAUGCCUAUCUAAAAGCGGAUCCCACUUGGACAGUUGAGAACGCCGGUAUAUUAUAAUAAAUAAAUAAUACUAAGUAUUGAACGAAAAGGCUCUCAAAUCUCGACAGAAUACCUGGAGCCGUCCAUAAAUUUGUUGAGGGGACUGAUAUUCAGGUUCGUCGAAAAUGCCGACUGCCUAGAUGUUUCAACAUCAGUCUUGCAAAAGCUGGACAAUUAAAGAAAAAUUGUUGGGAUGUAUGAACAAUUAGUGGCCGACAAGAUUUUCAGCCUUUAGGGGAUGUACGCCAAUUGGAGAAUGUUCAGUAAGAAUUUCAAUGAUUGAAUGAUUCCGGAGGGAGGCGCAGACGCACGGGAAGGAGCUCGCUAUGAAAAAUGCCUAGGUCGUAACUCUUUUAUUUAGAACUCUUUUAAAAGAGACUAGUUCGAAACUCUUUUAUUUUGGAGUAAACUCAAAGUGGUCCUAAAAUGACCAGAUUUAAAACUUAUACGAGUAUAAGAAACUAACUCACUAAAUUUCUUAGACAUCUUUGUUAACAGUUUUUUUUUUUUGCUUUAUUUCUUACUAAAAAAAAACUGAAAUAGAGGUCUGGUCAACGAAGCGUUCAUAUAGUUAAAUCAUAACUAGUUUCUCAAUUGAAAUAUUUCUGACUGAAAUGAAAUUAGUUGGAGAAAGAUCUCAGAAAGAGCAGUCCACAGUUAAACUUCCUCAUAAUGAACCAACGUGAAAAUUAAGGUUUUUUGUAUUCCUAGUUUCAUGCACUUCUGUUUCUUAUUUUUUUUAAAUCAUGAACAAAAUCGCUAAAGCCCGUAUAUGUUUUAAAACAGCUUUAAUUAGUGGACACUAGUUCAUUUCCGAUCAAAUGUUGGCAGCUUACAUUUUGCACCCGGAAAUUGAUGCCUAUCAUCAACCAGCUUCAAAAUUGUUCCACGACUAUAUCAUGACUUAUGUACAACUAAUUUCAGGAAAGUUCACAAUCAUCUCCAAAGGGUUCUGAAAAUAGUUCGUGGGUGGUCCAGAACUGGUUAUAUGAUAGUCUAUAAACAGCACCAGCGGGUUCUGCACUAGUCUCAAGACUGGGGUUCUACAAAUACUGGUUCUUAAAUGGUCUACAACUAAUUCCAGUAUAGUCCACAACAAACUCCAGCGGAUUCCGCACUAGUUUCAUGACUAAUCUACAACUAGUUCCAAGAUCAACUAGCUCCAAGAUGUUCUACCACUAUAUCAUGAGUGAUCUCCACAUAGUUCCAGGAUAGCCCACAAUCAGCUCAACAGGGUUCUACAAGUAGUUAAUGGGUAAUACAACUGGUUAUAAGAUAGUCCACAACCAGCUGCAGUGUCCAACUCAGUGACUUACAACUAGUUCCAGGAAAGUCAACAAUAAGCUCCAGUAUGUUCUAUUACUGGUUCGCAAACUAGUUCCAAACUAGUCCUCUUCAAAAUUAAAUCUUUUAUUUUCCUAAUCAUUUUCAAAAUAUUUAGAGAUCUUUUUUCGCGCUCAACACACAUACAUACAUUAAUAAAAUAAUUUAAAGUCGAAAUUUUAAUGCUAAGCAGGCCACAAAAAGCCUAAAAAUUAUAUAAAAAUAAUAAGAAAUAAGAAAGUAGGGUAAAAUUAAUUAACUAAUUAAUUAAGUAGUUGCAAAUACAAGCUAAAAAAUUAAAUAAUAAUUAUAAUUACACAGAAAACGAAGUAAAAACACUCAAAGCGUUUCACUUGUAAAACGAACAUUUGAAUGGAAAUUCUUGUUAAUUUAAUUUACUCAAAAAAUAAUAAUAAGAAAUUUACUGAAAACUAGCCUUAGUAAAGGGAAAACACUCGACAGCUUAAUGAAUGCUGGAACUCUAACACAACCAAUAACGAAACGAGAAUAA